UUGGAACAAAAAUCAUAGGUAACGUCCGUUAUUCCUAUAAAACUCUGACCAAUAGUUACGUUCCGGUACGUGCUCCUUGCAUCAAGUUGUUCCCUGUUCCGCUCUCAAGCAGUCGUCUAGAAGAAGUGCUACAAACGACUUGAAAACCUUAGGUAACAACAUGUUUGCUGUCACGUCAGUGAAUGGACAUCACGACAGCGGCCAUUGGACAAAGUCCGGCCGUAUGUUCGAAGAAGCUGACCACGCCAGGCUGUAUCACAGGUUCCGUCCCAAGUGGGGUUCGGACAUUGUGAACAAAGCGGUCUCCUUUCUUAUGGAAAAGAAGCCUACACAGCUGUACCAUGCGGUUGAUCUCGGGUGCGGAUCAGGUCAGACUACAGAGAUCCUGGCGCCCCAUUUCCAGCGCGUCACAGGCAUGGAUGUUAGUGACGCGCAGAUUGAAGUGGCGACCGCUAACAACAACUACAGCAAUAUCCAAUACAUGGUUGGAAGUGCAGAGGAGUUGCCCUUCCCAGACGGUAGCAUUGACCUCAUCACCUGUGCCACGGCUGCCCAUUGGUUUGACUUCCCCAAAUUCCAUAAGGAAGUGAACCGUGUCCUCACACCGCUGGGCUGCCUGGCGGUGUACUGCUAUGGGAUGAGCUAUAUUAACUACGGCGAGGACUGUACUGAUGAGCUGAACAGCAUAGUAUGGGAGGUAAGAAUAGGAGGGGGAAUUGUGUGA